ACACAUGUUUGAAUCGUUUUUAAAGAGAUAGUAAACAUUUUACUGAGUCAUGAUUUAAAAAAAUGGGUAAUUGAUUCAAUACGGCGAGAAUAUCGCAAAUGAUUUGUUGACAACUGGCAAUAUUGAAUCAAUUAACAUAACAAAUUGGAGGCAUCAUGAGGAGAUAUAUGCUCGCAAUUGGGAGAGUAGACAGAUUCCUUAGUGUUUCGUGAAAUGAUUUUCAUUGUUUGGGUUUGAGAACAUUCGUCAUUGAUUGAGAAAUGAUGAGUCCAAAUGCGCAUUCACAACAUCGAGCAUGUAUGCUGUCACAAAAUUUAGUAUUUGACAACCAAUAAGAUCAUUUCUCAACAAAAGCGUUUAAUGGAAAACUGCGCGUCCAGGCCAUUGUCUACAUGUUCUUGAUAGUUUAAUUGAUCUUGAUAGUUUAAGCGUGAUAUUUCAAAGCUAUCGACCGUAUAAAUUAAUUAAUUUAGCCCAUCAAAACAAACAUUGGCUUCAACCAAUGGCACAAAAAAUGAGAUAUAAAAACUUCGUCAAGAUUCAUUCAACUUUCAGUUUAUAUCGUUACGUCUUAAGUGGACACGCGGAACUGUGAAAUGAAACUCAUGUUGAUUUAUAUUGCGUUUUGUCAUUGAUGUUCAGUGCGUUUUGAUUUUUAACGAUAAAUUUUUUUUUUUUCAUUGAAAUAAGUAAUAAUUUGCUUGGAAUUAUGGCUAGCACACUGUCACUUUCUUCAUUGACGAGCAUAAAUGUUAUGGCCGAUUUAAUGUCGUCAUCAACUAGUGUGAAUGUUAUUGGAUUGAGUGGAAAAAGUCUCAAUGUACAAAAGUUCGGUCUCUUCAACUAUGUUAUGAUUUUUCUGAGUGGAUUAAUCUUGAAUGCGGUGUUUAUGGAAACAUGUGGAAUGGCCUUUGUGAUUCCCGUUUCACAAUGUGACAUGGAAUUGAGUACGAGUGAAAAGGGGAUUUUGGGUGCCGUUUCAUUCGUUGGCAUAAUUUGUUCGUCACAUUUAUGGGGCUUUUUGGCGGAUACCAAAGGCCGUCGCUGCGUCAUUCAACCCACUCUAUUCGUAGCGUUCCUUUUGUCUGUAACCUCUUCAUUCGUUCAGAACUUUUAUCUUUUUGUUGCACUGCGAUUUCUCAAUGGGUUUUUCAUCUCCGGUUCGUCGGCAACAAUUUUUGCGUAUUUGGGUGAAUUCCAUAACAACGCACAACGAGGUCGUGCCAUAAUGGGAUCGGCGGUAAUCUACGGUAUUUCAUGUCUAUUGUUGCCAUUGAUCGCAUGGUUUGUCAUCAAUCAAGAUUGGCAAUUUUACGUGCCUCUCAUCGAUAUCACAUACAAACCGUGGCGUUUUUUCCUUGUUGUCUGCGGUAUUCCCGGAUUCCUUGCGUCGAUGAUUCUAUUAUUCAUGCCAGAGAGUCCGAAAUUCGUUCUCGGCCAGGGUAACGAAGUGGAAGCCUAUAAAGUUUUGCAAACAAUGAACCGAUGGAAUAACGGCAAGAAAAACGAACUCGAAUCAUUCGAAAUUUAUGAAGAGGCUGAAUCAAUCGAAAAUCGACGUCGUAUUACGGACUGCAAGAACAGUCGAUUCCCAUUGUUGAAAUCAGUUUGGAUACAAACCGCCCCAUUGUUCAAAGCUCCACAUCUGCCAUCUACUCUUUUGAUUUGCACUAUUCAAUUCGGAAUUUUUGCUACGAGCAACGGAUUUUACAUGUUCUUCGCCGAAAUCUUCAACAGAAUGGCAACCAAUUUAGGCAGUUUUACUGAACAACGAAUGGCCAUGUGCGACAUUAUCAACAUGAAACCGGCUAACAUGAGUGCAAUCCUCAAUGAACAUGAUAAUGCGAAAUGUAUCACAAAACUUGAGUUGACGACGCUGGAACAAGGAGUCGUCUUGGAAGUUUUGUUUGCCUCAGGUUUUGCGGUCAUCGGACUGAUCAUUAAUAAAGUUGGCAAAUUCCCCAUUUUAUUUGUCAUUUUGAUAAUCAGUGGAUCGGGCGGAAUUCUUUGCAUGAGUAUUGAUAUUCCAGUAGUACAAAAAUACUCUUUUAUUGCAUUGAUGUGUGCGGGCAUUGCAGUGAACAUUGUCAAUUCGGCUACCGUUGAACUAUAUCCAACCGCUUUGAGAGCAAUGGCAAUCUGCAUUUCAUUAAUGUUCGGACGUUUGGGUAGUGUAUUUGGUUCAAAUCUAACCGCCCUUCUGUUGGACAAUAAUUGUGAGACUGCUUUCUAUUUGUCAGGCGUGAGCGUCAUAGUUGUGGCUGUGCUAACGUACUUUAUUCCAAAUAUUCACCAGAAAGCUGACGAUCAAAAGUCAAUCAUACUAAACCAACCACGUCUUAGCAUCACAUCUUUCGACUAGACUGGUAUAAAUGACACAAAUUUAGGAAUUAAGAAUUAAAAUCUCCACUGUGAAUCUUUCAAAUGUAAAUUUCCUAAAUUUUAAUUAUAGAAUAUUUCUAUUAGAACGAACGCAAACAAAAUAUAAAAAUCAAUCAAUA